GUCACCCAAAUUAGAAGAAAUCUCUAAGAUGGCCAAUAACAUCUCUUUUCCUUGUUCCAUCAUAUUAUUAUUAUCUAUUAUCUUCUUCUUUUUUAUCAACUCAUCACACGCAAUGCCAUCGUUUAACGUACAAAGAUACGGAGCUAGAGGUGAUGGAAGAACAGAUGCGACCAACUCCUUUUUGACAGCUUGGUCAUUAGCAUGCCGCUCACGGGCUAGGGCCAUGGUCUACAUUCCCCGUGGAACAUAUAUGGUCAGAAACCUAGUAUUUUGGGGUCCUUGCAAGAACGUUAUAACUUUCAAAAUCGAUGGAACACUCGUGGCUCCGGCAAACUAUUGGAGUAUAGGUAAUUCCGGUUACUGGAUUCUCUUUGCUAAAGUAAACCGGAUCUCGGUUUAUGGUGGCACCAUUGAUGCUAGAGGAGCUGGUUAUUGGUCAUGUAGAAAGAAAGGUGGACAUUGUCCUCAAGGUGCAAGGUCCAUAUCGUUUAGCUGGUGCAGUAAUGUUCUACUAAGUGGUCUAACGUCGUUCAAUAGCCAAAAUAUGCACGUCACGGUUCAUCAUUCCUCUAAUGUUCGGAUUCAAAACAUAAGAAUUAGAGCUCCAAGUGGAAGCCCUAACACCGACGGUAUUCACAUCCAAUCUUCUUCUGGAGUCACUAUUACUGGCGGAACCAUUGCGACCGGUGAUGACUGCAUUGCUCUUAGUCAAGGAUCUAGGAACAUUUGGAUCGAACGGGUGAACUGUGGACCUGGACAUGGAAUCAGCAUUGGGAGUCUUGGGGAUUACGCUAAUGAGGAAGGUGUGCAGAAUGUAACCGUAACGAGCUCUGUUUUCACCAAGACGCAGAACGGAGUAAGAAUAAAGACUUGGGCUAGGCCGAGCAGAGGGUUUGUGAGGAAUGUUGUAUUUCGGAAUUUGAUAAUGAGGAAUGUUGGUAAUCCGGUGAUUAUCGAUCAGAACUAUUGUCCUAAUGGAAGAGGAUGUCCUCGUCAGGUGAAUAAUCUAGUCGAUUUAGCUUAA